AUGGAGGGGGAACAGCUACGUAAAAUACAUGGCUCUUCAAAUGACAAAUACGACGAAGGCGUGGAUAAGUCAACAGAGUACAAACACAUGAACAAACUAACCAGCGAGCUACAGACGAAGUUGAAUCAAAGCAAUGUGCAACUGCAAGACAUCACCACCAAGUAUAAAAUGGUUAAAGUUGAGUUAGAAGUGCUGAAAACGAAGAAGACCUCGGCUAAAGAUACUUUGUCUAAAAAGAAACAAGUUCAGUUUUCUGAGCCGAAGAAAGCGACCGAGACUAGCCGUCAACAAGCGAUAGUAGAAGAUGAAAUGAUAUUUGAGAACAGAGCUCAAGUUUGUUCAACGCCCGAACUAGAUAGUCCUAAGAGUCAGCCCGAUUUUCCGGACUCAAAGUCUGCUGGAGAUGUUAAGAAAAACUUCCUGUUGGGUAAACUGAAGGAAGUUCUGAAACAACUGGAAACGACCAAAUCACAGUUGGCGACGCAAGAAAGCGAAACUUUGAAGCUCCUCGGAGAAACUAUUCAUCUUAAGGAGAAAAUCGCGCAACUCGAAAGCAAGGAUAAUGAUUUAGUCGGAAAAGAAAAAGCUGAAAACGAAAUAGUUUUGAAGACAAUGAACAAAAAAAUUGCUGACAAAGAUUUGGAAAUUAAGGUUUUAAAAAGUUCGCAGCAGGAGAAGAUGAAGAAAAUCGAAAACCUGACGAAAGAGCUCAGAGAUGCUGGAUUUGAGAACCAGGGUCUGACAAAGCGCCCGAGAGAUGCUUCAAGAGAUAAAGGAAACAGUCCAGAAGUUGGGAAACUUCAUCUUAAAGUCAACCAAUUGGAAAAAGAAUUGGCGUUGGCGAAAUCAAAAGCGCAAAAAUCGUCGCCUGAUUGUGAACACGAUUUUGAAACAAAACAGCUAACGGAACAAAUUGAGUCUCUGAAACUUCAGCUGAAAAAAAUGGAAGAUUUGAAUUCGGCAAUGAAAUCUGAAAUCGUCAACUUGAAAAAUGCUGAAACAGAAGAGCAGAAUAGUUUUGACGGAGAAAGUCUCAAAAUCAAAAUAUCGCAACUCAAUCGAGAAAUUCAGGUUAAAAACAAUCAAAUUGGUGUUCUGGCAAAUGAAGCAAAUGAAAAUCAAACAAAAAUCAAGAAAUUGUCCAAUGAAAAAAGCCAGUUGCAUAAAGAGUUACUUGAAACGAAAGUUGAACUUAAAGAGCAGACAGAAAUACUUGCUAAAACUGAGAGCAAUAACCAGAAAUUGUUCGAAGAAAUAGAUUACAUUCGACAAAAUGAAGAUCAAAAAGCGCCCCAAAACGACUACAGUGAUGGUAAAAACAUGGCAAUAAAUGCAUACCUUGAGGUAGAAUUGCAAAAAGCAAGACAAAACGUUUGUUCACUUCUGGAAAAACGAGAUAUUGGCCAUUUUUACGACCAAGAUUUAGAUGGUCUUGUUAAUACUCUGCAUGAAGAUUUUAUUAGGGAAUUAGAGCGGGAAAAAGAAAUUUCAUGGCAUGAAAACCAAAUGUUGGUUCGACGACUAGAUAACAGUGAAAAGUUGUACGAUGAUGCGACUGCUUGUAAGAACAUCCUCCGAAGACUUCUAAGCAAACACAAUAUGGCGUUCAGCAAAUCUAGCUCUUUAGAAGAUCUGGCUAGGAAAACGGAAAUUUUGACUGAUGGGUUCAAAAUCCAACCUCAGCUACCGAUCCAAGCGCAGCCGAUUCAAAAACGUGGAAGGAGCUUGACUAGCUUCCUGAAGAGUUCGAAAGAGAUAAAGAGAUCAAAGAGUAGCGGUAACUUCGAAUCUUCGCAGGUGGACAUCGCGAGCUCGUUCAUGUCGCCUAUGAGCAGCGAAAACCCAUACCCAUCCGGUGGAAUUUUCAGGGACUUUACCAAACUGUCAUCAGAACAAAUAUCGAUGGAAAACAAGUACGAAAAUCAACAGCAAGAGGCCGACGAAAUUAAAAGGAACUUGGUCAAAAUUCUGAAAAUUUUGAAUAAAGCUCCUGAAUAUCCAAAGCCAGCGCUUCAAAUGGUCAAAAUCAUUCAAUCCGAAGUCGAACAUCAGCAUCAUAAUCGCAACAGUCAGCAUCAGGAAGAAGGCAACGACCGAGAGCGAAAAAAUUCAGAUGAUGAAGCGUACGCCCAAGAGUUGACGAAAGAACUAAACGAGAUUCAUUCGAAUUUAUACGCGUUGCUGCACUCUGCUGGAUUCGAACCGGAUCCUAGUGUGAGCUCGGGUAGAAUGUCAGAAAUUGCGAAAAACAAAGUGAACGAAAAGUUGACAAGCUUAAGAAAAAUUGCCAAAGAAUUCGAGAAAGAUAACCGAGACCUCGAAAAUGAAAACCGCCAGCUAAGAAACGAAAUUAGUGAGCUGAAAAUGGAAAAGUCUUCUAUUGGUCCAAUGAUGAAAGAGCCGAAAAGUUUCAACGAAGAAGCUUCGGAAAGUUUCACGGCGCCGGCGCUCUUUUAUUUAGAAGACGACGAUCACAAAUUCAACACCGUUAAAAAGAACAAAGAAGCGGAAUUGCAAAAACAGAUUUUCAGUCUCAUUGAUGAAAACACGGAACUGCUUGAAACCAAAAAGCAUUUGCGAUCUGAAAUUAAAGCGCUUAAAGAACAAACUAAAUUCAGCCCCGGUUCAAGAGACAAUGUUGAAGAAAAACUGCGCGCAAAAAUUGCAAAUUUGCAGGACGAGCUUCAAAGUAUAAAAGAGCAGCACGAUGAAGGUAGCAACCAAAACUAUGCAAACCUCGAACAUCAGUUGAAGCUAGAGAGGUCAAAGGUCACACAUCUUGAGAACGAACUUGUGAAAUCUUCUGAGCUGACUAUGAACUGGACAGGCAUUUCCGAAGACACGCGUCAGAUGCAAAGGUUGGAGCGUAAUAGUGAUAUUGCAAAUGCUAAAUUGAUGGGUCAAAACGAAACCAUAAAACGUCUGCAAAUGGAAAUGGGCGACAUGCAAAAACUGGAAAGGAAAGUCCAACAACUUGAAAUGGAAAACGAGAUUCUGACUUCGAAACUCGAUGAAAACGAGGGCUUUGCCGACCAAAUGGAAAAUCCGUUCGAAACCAUCAGACCGCGAAGCCGUAGUAUGACUUCAAGAAAGAUAUGAUCCAACACCAUGAAGAGGAGUCGUCUGGUUCGAGCGACAUGGAACAAACUGAACUCGAGAUACAGGCGGCCUGAACUAAUAUACGAGAAAAGAAGGAUCUCGCAUUCGGCGAAAAACAACAGUUGAAUACAGUAUCAAUGAUCAAUAAGCACAUCUUAGACUUUAGCGAUUUAAAACUUACUAACCACAAUAGUCAGUGGCGCGAUGCUUAAGAAUUUGCUUCCA